AUGCUCCGGAUCGCAUUUCGGGUCUUAUUUGUUACGUAUGCAGCGAACAGUGUGUGGGGAGACACAUCACAAGAGGUACCUCUGGGGCCCGUCUUUGCGUCGGAGCCCCCUGGAGUGGUGCAAUAUGCAAGCAGAAUAGGGGCCCGUCUUAUAUGCAGUGCCACAGGUGACCCAAGUUUGGCCCCUCCUGUCGUCACAUGGCUUGCUGAUGAUGGAACUGUGCUCACUGACCUAUCAGGCAUUAGGCAUGUACAUUCAAACGGUACAUUGGAAUUGUUUCCCAAUGCUGGAGCCGCGGGGAUACACGGCACAGUUAGGUGUCGGGCUAGCAAUGCUCACGGUACUCUGAUCUCCAGAGAUGUGCACCUCAUCCCAGUCGGUGAAGGUCCUUGGGAGGUCUCAGUAGAGGGGGCAGCUGUGCUUGCGGGCGGAGUGGCAGCGCUUGCUUGCCGAGUCACGGGUGCUCCGGCUCGUGUCAAGCUAUGGUAUCGUGACGAUACCGUCAUCGCGCUGCCGUCGCCCUCGCCAGAUUCCAGGUAUCUUAGCGCGGGUGACACGCUUCUCAUUCGUGAUGUGUCUCCAGCCGAUGCAGGCCCCUACAGCUGUUCAGCAAGACACGAGCUGACGGCGCUGACUCGUCGCUCUCCCCCCGCCCUCCUGCAAGUACUCUCAAACUCGAUGACGACCGGGACGGCGCCGCGGGCAGUCCCAGCUCGGGAUCUCUCUGUCCCACUUGGAGCCCCCUUUCUGCCUUCCGUGCGCCGCGGCUGCGCCAUCUCCACCACCUCACUUCACAUUCUGCAACAAACCGGAAGGUUUGAAGGGGACACGGGGAAGUUGGAUGACCCAAAACCUCCACAAGUGGAAAUGGGGAAAUGGGUGAAAUGGUGGUAUCGAGAGAGCGAUGGUCGACUGAAGCCGGCGGACGAGGGCGAAGACACGUGGCGUUGGGCGGGAGGGGCGGCGCUGUGCGUCAGACGCGCCGCCUAUGUACACGACGGCGCGUGGCUCUGUAAAGCGUACAACGUCUUUGGAGAUGCGUCAGCGCAGACUCGCGUUGACUUGCAGCAUGAUCUUGUGGUUGAGGUGCGACCGAGAGCGAUUGCGGCUGAGGCGGGCGCCACCAUUCGCCUUAACUGCACUGCGAGCCGCCCUGGUGCCCGCCUGCAGUGGCUACACGACGGAGCACCCUUAGGUGCAGGAGGGGCACAACUCGUGUUGAGAGGGGCGGCUCGCGCUCACCGUGGGAUUUACCAGUGCCUUGCUAGGGAUGGACUACGAAGCGCCCAGGCCGCUGCGGAGAUUCGCCUCGGAGAGUCUCCACCCGAGCUGCAGUACACAUUCAUUGAGCAAGCGGUCCGCGCUGGAGCCGCCGUAACAUUGCGUUGCGCCGCCGCUGGCGCCCCUCCGCCUACCAUUCGUUGGCUGCUUGAUGAGCAGCCACUUGAGCGCCACUUGGCGGCGCGGCAGUACGCCUUACGCGAAGAGCGAGGUGCGGCAGGGGAAGUUGCGUCCAUCUUAAAGAUGGCGGCUGUAAGAGCAGCCGAUGGGGGCCGUUACUCAUGCCGUGCCUCGAACUCGCUCGGUGUAGUGGCUCAUUCAGCCCGCCUUAACGUUUACGGAGCGCCGUCCAUUCGCGCUUUAGGAGCGGUGCGCGCAGUCGCCGGCGAGAACUUCACGCUGCUCUGUCCUUACGCCGGAUAUCCGAUCAGCUCGGUGCGUUGGACGGGCGGGGUGUUGGUGGGUUCGGGCGUGGGUGGAGGGGGGCGGGUGUGGACGCGUAACGAGGUUCUUCGUUUGGGGCCAGCGCUGCCUUCAGACGCCGGGCGUUACGUGUGUACAGUCACUGCGACGUCCCACACACCGGCUGUUAGGGAUUUCGAGAUACAAGUCACCAACCCACCGAAGAUAUCACCGUUUAUGUUUUCGCCCGAACUGAUGGAGGGCAGCUCGGCUCAAGUGUUGUGCGGCGUGUCCUCAGGAGACAAACCCAUAUUCUUCUCUUGGCUGAAGGAUGGGAAACCAUUACCAUCUGACUUACAGAUCGAGGAGAAAAGCCUAAACGAAUUUUCUCUGCUAAUGUUUUCGGAACUCCGUGCUGCCCACAGCGGCCACUACACAUGCCGUGUCUCAAAUCACGCCGCCACAGUCAACUAUACAGCUCUUCUUACUGUCAAUGUGGCUCCGAGCUGGACGACGGAACCACUCGACACCGCAGUGUUGCUAGGUGCUCCUCUGCACAUCGAAUGUUCCGCUAGAGGUCAUCCUACGCCACGCGUCAACUGGUAUAGAAAAAUAGAAGGCGCAAGCGACGUAGAAGGUUCAGAACGGUGGGAGCGCGCGAGUGAGGGAGCAGGACGGGCUACUCUUGAAGCACCCGUUGCGUCUCGCUCGCACCGAGCCCUCUACCGAUGCGCAGCUGACAAUGGCGUCGGGUCUUCACUCGUAAAAGACGUCAACGUCACCGUGCACGAGCCGGCGAACUUUGGCACGUCGAGCGACGCGUCUCGCAACGUGUCCACCGUCCGCGGCGACAGUGCCUCGCUGAGUUGUCUCGCGCGCGGCGAUCCUCCGUUAAGCGUACAUUGGACCCACCGAGAUACAAGACUUGAUCUUGACAGUUACCGAUGGAGGAUAUCAGAAGUGCGUACAGCAGACGGCGUACGCUCUACACUACAGCUGCGAUCAGCGGAUCGGGGUGACGCGGGCGAGUACAAGUGCCACGCGAGGAACCGCUUCGGCCGAAGCGAACUGCUGCUCUACUUGCGCGUGAUCGAACCGCCUCCAACGCCAACUACCCUCCGUCUCGGUGCACUUGGUGCGACAUGGGCUCGUGUACGAUGGCGGGGUCAACUUGCGUCUGACACGCAUUAUAGUGCUGUAGCUUCUCCGUUGCAUUCGUCUGCUGCUCUUCAUUUCAACCUCACUGUGGAUCAAGCUGCUGAUAAAGCAGCGGCAUUGGAGGAAGUAGGUUCCUUAAGCGCUCGUAUCGACAAUUUGCGGCCCGCGACUGCUUAUUCUCUUCGGCUCACAGCCUCCAAUGGCGUCGGGCGCUCACCCCAGUCUGAAUCUCUCCUCUUCACCACGCUUGAAGAAGUUCCAGAUGCCAUUCCGAAAAACCUUCGCGUCAGAGCGACGGAAGGGGGCGAUCUGCACGUCUCCUGGGCUGCUCCAGGACGAGAAGGUUGGAAUGGAGAACUGCUGGGGUACGCGGUAUAUUGGCGGGAGGCGGAUGGGGCGCGGAGCGGCAAAAUUGUGUGGCGUGGAUCCGGAUCCACCGAGCUAACUUUGAGCGGGCUACGCGCAAGGACACGUCAUUCGCUAUACGUACGCGCCUUUAACCGCGCCGGCCCCGGACCUCCUUCGCGGACUCUGGAGGCGCUCACCAUUGCACACGCUAUAUCAGAGGCUCCGACGUCGGUGCGUUGUGAAGCAAUGUCGGUGAGGGCGCUCCGCGUGCGCUGGGCGCCUCCGCCCGGUGAGGCCGAUCUCGCUCACCAUAUUCUUGGAUACGACAUCUUUUAUGCCCCAGUUGAUCUCGCGUUGGCAAACGGGGGUGCGGCGCGCAAAGUCUCGGUGUCAGCGACCACCGGUAAUGAGGCGACGGUGUCUGGUCUAGUCGCUGGAACGAAUUAUUCAAUAAGUGUGCGGGGACGGACAGCGACCGCCGCUGGUCCUCCUUCUAUCGAGAUAUACUGCUCUACCAGAGAGGACGUUCCGGGUGCGCCGGAGUACGUGCGUGCUGUGGGGGCAUCAGCUCAGUCGGUACGCGUGUCUUGGUGUGCUCCACGAGCAGAGCUGCGUGGAGGUCGUCUUUCCCACUACACCCUAUAUACGAGGGAACUCGGAAAGGUAGGCGGUGAAUGGUCGCAGCGUGUUCCGGCUGGCGCCGACGAAGUGCAAGCAUGGAGCGACGUGGGAGGCCUACGAGAGGGCGCCCUAUACGAGUUUUGGGUGCGGGCCGCAACCGCACAUGGUGCGGGGGCUCCCUCUCGCGCGGUCACUGCUGCGCCUCGGCAUAUACCGUCAGCUCGCAUCACGUCGAUCGGCACGGUGGCGGUGGUGGCUUUGGGCGCCCGCGUACGUCUCGCGUGUGCAGCCCUCGGUGGCCCCCCCUUGCACAGGCGCUGGACUCCGCUUCCGCCCCACCACACACUUACCGACACCGGGGACUUGAUAGUUCACAAGAUGGGGGAGCAAUGGUCCCGUAACUACACUUGCUCGGUACGAAACACCGCCGGGGGCGAUGCGGUGCAGCACGCGGUACGUUGCGUGCGCCCCCCACCCGCUCCAUCACCGCGCCUCGCUCGCUCCACAACUCAUCGUUUAGCUCUAGCAUGGGAUCCCCCACCCAUUGGAGGCUCGCAUGCUCCUGUGCUACGCUACACGGUACACUGGCGUGGUGAACAGGGGGAAAGAGGGGAAAUCUCGACGGGUGCCGGUGAGGGCGAGGUGCGAGCUGAAGUGGGGGACCUGGCCUGUGGAGCGUCCUAUGUGCUGUGGGUACAGGCGCAUACCACGCUCGGUGUCACGCCGCCCUCUACCGAAUUGCACUUACGAACAAGAGGAGAUAAGGCAACGGCACCGCCAGCCAAAGAAUGCAUCUGGUCGAACAGCAGUUCUCUACGCGUCUCGUUGCUGGCGUGGGGGAGCCGCUGCCCAGUACUCAGCUGGCGGGCCUCCUACCGCCUCGCCCGUGCCGCUCGCUGGACGGACCUCGCUAGCGACGGCGAGGUCCUUCACAUGACUGAAUUGGAACCUGCUACAUGGUACGAGAUCCGUCUGCUCGCCCGUUCUUCCGCCGGCGAAACCUCCGCCCUCUAUCGGGCUGCCACCAGAACGAACACGGGAGAAGAAAUAGGCGAACCGAUAGAUCUGCCGCUAGAAGACGCCGUUGAUGCGGCAGAGAGUGCCGAGGGCGUUGCUGAAGGUGGAACGGGUCGACCAUUCGCAGUGGCAGCGUUAUGCGGAGGCGCACUGCUUUCGCUGCUGGUGGUAGGAUUCGCGGCAGCGCUCGCUUGUGCUCAUAGACGACGACGCUCGCCUCCGCUCCGCUGCACUCCAACGCAUUUGCCCCAUAAUGGAAAGACGGCUGACCACUCAGACGCGGACCAUAUGCAUGAGAUCAGCCCUUACGCUACGUUCAGCAUGUCGUCGGGUGCGUGCGAACCGACUACAGGCGCGCGUUCUGAGUCCGGAGCGCGCUCGUGUGCUUUGCACUUGCGUUCGUUCGUUAGGUCGCCCGUCGGGCUCGCCGCGCCCCCUCCACGUCCCCACUUACUUGCACAGCCGAAUGAAUAUGGUAGCUGUAGCUUGCGCGAGAGUGACUCAGAAUCGAGUGGUUCGCCUUGCGCCGCGUGCGCAGCCGAACUUUAUCGCCUUCCAGCAGCUCAUCUCUCCGACACUUUACCAGCCGCUGAGUCAAGCACCGAAGACGGCUCGUACGGGUCUCGUCGAGUAAGAGGGAACAGACGCCCCACGCCAAAACCUAAUAUCAGGUACACCCCACCCCCUGGCCCUGCGGGACGAGCCGCCGGACACUAA